AUGGCUGAAAAUCACACUGAAAUCAAAUUGUCCAAGAUCCCGCAGUUUCAGAUGAACGUGGUCCCUACGUCGGCUCCAAAUGUAGCAGUUGGUAUUUUGUGCGUGAAGCUAGGUUCAACAAAGUUCACAACACCAGCUACGGAUUGCCCCCGAAUUCAAAUAACAUUAUCAACACACGACUCCCGUAAGGAAGGUGAUGAUCUGACCUUGACCUGUACUGCAGACAGCAAUCCCAGUCUGUCCAGUCUGACCUGGAUGUUUGGAGGACAGACCGUGGGGCAUGAUGGGAGCUUGAGAUUAACAAAUCUAAGUAGAGAAGAGCAUGGUCAGUACACCUGUGAAGCAAGAGUCUCUGCUGGUCGCUAUGGAAACCUGGUGAACUUGAGUGACGUUCAAGUUGUCGUCAACUAUGCUCCCAGUGUCACCUUCCUUUCUUUAAAUUCAACUGAAAAUAAUUCAUCAAGUAUCAUCUGCUCUGCUGAUGGUCGCCCUGGCAACAUGAACUUCAGACCUUUCAGCCAUUACUGGAAUAGUGUGAAUAUCAGGAAUGUGACUGGCAGAUCUGUUGGAAAUAACCAAUACACACUGACAUUUAAUCGUUCUACAUAUGAAGACAGCGGGACGUACUACUGUACUGUUGAUAAUGGAGUUCCAGACAGGUCGGGAACUAAACAACAGACAGCAAGCAGUGAAGUUUUCAUUUCAGGAACACCUAAGAUUACCAAGGAGACUAAGGUAGAUGAUAUUUUGGGAGUUGAAGUUAAUAAAUCAGCUAUUUUACAGAAAACUGUGUUUUCCAAACCAAACUAUACUGAUUUCUAUUGGACGAAAUCAGGUAACAACACAAAUUAUAGUUUGACCACCAUCAAGGCAGAAACUAUUACUUUGGACAUACACAAGAAAACAGUAGAAGACUCAGGCUACAGAAUCUCUCUCAAUAUCAGCAGGUUCACUCAGGAAGACGUAGGAACCUACACACUGAAUGUCUGUAAUGCUGUUGGAUGUUCUCGGUUUUCUGUAAACCUGACAGCAGCAGGUCCUCCUUUUCCUCCAAAAGAGUUCCAACAAGAAGGAGAAUCAACGUCUGACACAGUGAGGUUGUCAUGGUUACCUAACUAUCCAGGCGGAAAUUUCAAACAAAGAUUUAUACUGGAGUACAAACUGCAGAGUGAGUCUGAAUGGAAGACUGGAUGGACAAGUGAACAGUUUACAGAUUUACCGCAAAACAAGAAAGUAUUUUCAAACAUCACAAACCUCAAGGCUAACCAGGUUUAUGAUCUCAGACUGUCAGCUGAGAACAAGCGACCAAAAGACAAUGUCAGUGAGUUUGUCACACUGAAAGUGACGACAAAAGGUUUGGAUGAACCAGGAAUACCUAGUGCUUUGAUUGGUUCAAUUGCAGGAGGCUCUGUUGGUUCUGUUGUGAUUUGUGUGAUAGUGAUCGGCAUUGUAUUGUUUAGAAGAGGCACUUUAGCUGGAUUGUUAGGCAAAAAGAAAAAGGAUCCUGAAAAUGGUCUUCAUACAAGUGGAGAUCCUCAAAAUGGACCAGUAUUGCCAGUGAUGGAAGACAAUGACUUGUAUUUCUUAGGUGGUGAUGCAAAGAAACCAGAAUUGCCAGUAUUAGAGGACAAUGAGUUGUACUACACACAUCGAGGUGAUGGUGCAAAGAAACAAGAGGAGUCAGUUUCAGGAAAGAAUGAUGUACAAGAUGGCGUACAGCCAAGUACAAGUGCUGGGGUAUCAUCUAAAAACACAGAGAGUCUGUAUGCAUCUGUGAUGAAGAAUGCCAACACUAGUGAAGACCGGAGAAGCAACAAGAAAGGACCAAAGGAGAAAGAAACAAAGAAAACUCAUGAAAAGAAAAAGAAAGAGAAACAGCAUGAAAAAUCCAAGGACAAAGGAAAGAAAGUGAAAGGUGUAGAAAAGAAGAUGAAGAAGGGAAAGAAAGAUGACAUGAUACCACUGAAGCAAGCAUCUGCUACAAGAGGUGAUGUAUAUGAAAAUGUUGAGCUUGAACAGGACAAUACAUAUGCAAAUGCUGCAUUUAAUGGAAAAGAGGAUGCGGUCUGUGAAAACAUCCAGGGUGCGAAGUGUGGCAGAGAUGAAGAUGGCCUGGUGUACGUUGGUAUAGACUUCUCCAGCACUACCCCAAGCAGAGCAGUGCACAAGACCGAGGAAUCUGUGGAGUACAUGUCCAUUGACUGGAACAAGAAGGCUAAACCGCUUCCUGAUGGAGAUGAACAGAAGGAAGGCAAGAGUGAAAAGUAGAAGUCACUCAACAGCUUCUCCGUUAGAACAUUUUAACUCCUAGCUUGUUUGCUGUCACUUGAUUAUAUAUUGUUUUUUAUUAAUACCAAUCAUCAAUAUGAUUUUAAUAUAGCAAUUGCUACUAAGAAUAUUUUAAUCAACAAAAUGUUGUAAUAAGAUGAUUUACCAGUAUUUCACCUACCGUAUAUUGCCGUGUGUUAGCCAACUUGUGAAGUCUAUAAAUACUUUACAAAAGAAGAGUCUGCUUAUACACGGAGGCAACAAAUUGGUUCAUAAAAAAACGUAACUUACAAAUUUGAUCAGACCGUACAGCCUUCCACAGCUUAUGUAACAAUAAUUUGUGUACAGUAUAAAUAAAACACCUCAUCAUGCAAUGUUAUGGGGGUGUUUUGUUCUUGAAUGCAUUAAUAAUUUGUCAUUUCAAUGGUAAAAAUAUGUUCUUUCCAACCAUCUGCCAUCUCUGUUUGACACCUAUAUAAUUUUGUAAGCUCUUGUUUGAUUGGAUCACACAAUUUUGCUACCUGCACCAGUGUAAACAGCAGCUAUGGACCACAGAAUCGUUUUUCUGUGUGUGGGGAAAACGGGAAUUAAACAUACCUUGAUGAGUUUAUGAUUUGCUGUCCAGUGAAUAAUUUAAUUACUUAUGUGCAGUGAUAUGUUGUUACAAACAGCUUGAAUUGUUUAUUUUCCUAUUGUGAUUUUAUUGGUGCUAAAUUAUUUUUGCACGGCAUGGAAGACUUUAGAAUUGUGAUAACGAUUACCAUGUCUGUAAUAAUUAAAGGGGAAAAAAUAUAAUGAAAACGAAAAGCACAAGUCUAUUUGUUGACAGUAUUAUUGAAAUCAGUACAAUGUACAAUUGGACAAGAGAUGACUUCAGCUUAUACACAAGGCCAAUGAUUUGUACUUGAUAUUUAGAGUCAAACUAAGAGGUCGGCUAAUACACAGCAAUAUAUGGUAGUAAAAAAAAAAGUAAUGUAUACAUUAUAAAAGAUCCAUUUUUAAAAUUAUUUGGAUGAAAUUUAGCAUGGUCAUGUUGAAUUAGUUUGUCUGUUGACAGCUUUGUUUCAUGUUUAGUUAAAGGGACAUUUCUACAAUUUUUAAGAUGUUAUCGACUAACAGACUUUUUAACGAUUGUAAUUACAUAUCAAAUAU